UGGAGGAGCUGUGACCAGGACGAAGGGACUCACAGAACAGCCCAUUUUUUGCCCCGAAGCAGGAGCUGAGUUGUAUCUUCUGAUUCUUGCUGGGAUGAAGAAGCAUCUCCAGAAAAGGAACCUGGAUCUGGGCUGCUGAACCCUGCACGGCUUCCUCAUCCAUGGAGCAGCAGAACCAAAGUCCUUGAUAGGGCUGGGUUGGGCAGAGGGCCCCCCCCUCCCUGCUCCCACUUUCUGCUCCUACCGCUCACCAUGGGUUGGAGGCACCUCUUGUUGCUUUUGCCUCUCGCCCUCUAUGCCCUGGCACUGCUGUUGACCACGCAGGCAGCUGGGCCCCCACGGACACCCAGGGGCAACCGGACACAGGGGGCAGCAACACCCCGCCGACCCUACAAGCCUUUCAAGGAGCAGCUGAACCAGACACUCGCCAGCACAGCACCUUCUUCUGCACUUGCUGGUGGCGGGGGAAGCCGGGGGCGCAGUCCUGGCGGAGGGCCAGCCAAGGCAUCCUCGGGGGGCAGUGCAGGCAGCUCUAGUCCCGCCUACGAGACAUGCCAGGGCUAUUACGACGUGAGUGGGCAGUGGGACAAGGAAUUUGAAUGCAACAAUAGCCAGAAAGAUUUCCGCUACUGUUGUGGCACCUGCUACUACCGCUUUUGCUGCAACAAGCGUUCUGAGAAGCUCAAUCAGGACAGGUGUCGUAAUCAGGGUCCACGGCCCAGCACCGAUCCUAUGACCCCUGCCACCAGUAACGACGGACCCGGAGACAUACCCAAUGGGUAUGACCCAAAUGAGGACAACACAAAUGCCACUGUCUACAUCUCGUGUGGGGCCAUUGCCAUUGUCGUCAUUGCAGGCAUUUUUGCCAAGGUGGCCUAUGAUAAAGCACGACAGCCACCGCAGGAGAUGAACAUCCACAGGGCUCUGGCCGAUAUCCUCCGACAGCAGGGACCAAUCCCCAUAGCACACUGUGAAAGAGAAACUAUCUCGGCUAUAGAUACCUCCCCCAAAGACAACACACCAAUCCGUACAUCCUCUAAAAACCACUACACACCAGUGCGCACCUCCAAAAGCAACCCAGGUCACUAUGGAAAGGAUAUUUAUCGAAGCGGAGGCCCGGAUUUCCACAAUUUCAUCUCCUCUGGGUUUGUCACAUUAGGAAGAGGACACAGCAAGGAUGACCAAGAGCCAAAUUAUAACCACCUGAUAUUAACCACUGCAAACCAGACACCUUCACAUGAAAAGCCACGGAUGAACAGCAUCCUCACCUCUGCCACAGAGCCCUAUGAUCUGUCCUUCUCCAGGUCCUUCCAGAACCUCUCUCACCUCCCACCGUCCUAUGAGUCUGCGAUCAAGACUAACUCAAGUAAAUAUUCCUCCCUGAAGAGAUUAACCGACAAGGAAGCUGAGGAAUAUUAUUCCAGGAAGAGGCACCUCCCAGACUUAGCAGCCAGAGGGACUCUCCCUCUCAACGUCAUCCAGCUAUCCCAGAAACAGACCACGCCAAGGGAGCGGCCCCGCCGCGUGUUGCGGGCCAUGUCCCAGGACCGAGUGCUGUCCCCAGAGAGGGUGAUGCCGGAAGAGUUCAGCAUGUCUUACGAGAGGAUCCUUUCGGAUGAACAGCUCUUGUCCACUGAGCGCCUCCACUCCCAAGACCCGCUCCUCUCUCCAGAGCACUCGGGCUUUGGGGAGCAGUCCAUGUCCCGGGCUUUGUCUCACUCGGAUGUCUUUGUUUCCACACCCGUCUUGGAUCGUUACCGGAUGACUAAGAUGCACUCCCAUCCCAGUGCCUCAAAUAACUUGUACAACACCUUGAGUAUGAACCAAACGUCUGCGAAGCGCCAGGCAUUUGCCUCCCGGCGGCACAACACAGUGGAGCAGCUACAUUAUAUCCCAGGACACCAUUCCCAUUACCGCACAGCCAGUAAGACAGAGGUGACUGUUUGAUCAGAGACACUGUGUGCUGUAGAUAACGAUCCACUGAGGUGGCUUCAGUGCCCUACACUGCAGUGGCCUUAUGGCCAAGAUGACCUCUAAUUCCAUGUCUGAAAAGGCAGACUCUUCCGACAGUCCUGUCUGUGUUGUUCCAAUUUAUUAAAAAAAAUAUCAUCUACAUGUUAUUGACAUAAAGAGGGAGGGAUGAUACAGGUAAGGUUUCCUCACAUGCUCAGUUUCUGUCAAAGAAAGCCAUACUAGAUUAUGGUUCCUUCAAGGGCUUGCCUGCACAUAUUUGCUAGUGUUUGUCAAGCUAGGACAUUAAUGCCCAGUUUGACAAACUGAGAAGAAGAGUAUCAUUCAAAAUUGACAUCAAAUGACAAGUUCGACAAGCCAUCUAGCUGGGCACACUGGGAUCCCAUCUUGAUCCCAGGGCUUCCUUGCAGUUGAAUUUUACCCAAACGGCCCAGCUGCAGUCCUGGCAAUUCUAGCUAUGGUCCAUCCUGGGAGUUAGAAGGUGGUCAUCCAUUUUGACAUAAGCAUCAUUCUCCAUGGUCCUUGGAGAAAUUAUAGUGGCAAAUCCUAUUACAUGGUUAGCAGAUUUAGAAGAUGUGAUUGCCAUGGUCAGAAACCACCGUGUUUUCCACAUAACUGUGAAACAGAACUACUCCAGUGCCUAUAAAUUGCAAGUUCUCUGGAUGGUAGAAGGGAUGAGAUGGAUUUGUUUAUAAGCACAAUUCUUCUGACAAGAGUUUGCCAGUGUUUUCCCUCCCCACAUAUUCUUCUGUCUAUCCUCAUAUAUUUAGAUCUCCAAUGUGUAAAUAAAACAACAUGUUUUAAAAAAUGUUUUUUUAAAAAAGGAAGUAGGGCAGCAUUGCUUCUCUCCAAAAAGGCUCCAAUGUUUCACCCAUUUUUACACAACUUAACAGCACACACUAUUUGAAUGUCCAGAAUGAAGUUGUCCAUGUGAUAGACAGAUGUGAAAUAGCUGUAGUCCAGUUUCCAUUCCAUGAGCUAUUGAUCACAAUUCAGACUGUAUUUGGUUUACUGCCUGUCUGUGGCUUCCUUCAAGGUAGCCUUGGGAGGUCCUCAGAAAAACUAGCCAUUAUAGCUAUUUUCAAAGCAUUUUCAUUUCCAUCUGGACCAAUAACACUUGUGAAUUGCUAGUCUUGCUGCAUCUCAGCCAGGUGAAAUGCACGAGCAUCUCACGUACCAGUUGGGCACAUGGUACAGCCACUGUAUGGUGGUAAUUAGACACUAGGUGUCUGUGAAGCCUUUCAAAGAAAUGAUGUAGGUCCAACAUUUGUUGGAUUUUGUAGUUGGGACAGAUGCUCUUCCUAAUUAUCAUAUACAUCAAGACAUUCCAUUUUUCAGCUAGUUGAACAGCUAAAUGCAAUAGAUGACCAAAGCUGUGUCAUUCUGUGAAAGGUUCUUUCACUCUAUUAUGUACUCACAUCUCCAUGUUACAGGCACACAAACCAAUUCUGGAAUGUUUGCAUCAAAUAGCAUCCCACAGGGUGCAAUAGUCAAAGGCCUCAGAC